CAACGAAUUACUAACUGUCCAGGUUGCGUAAUCACUAAUGAGGUUAAGUUGCUAAUUUUGACCACGGGCACCUAAUAAAGUCAAAGGAAUCACUACGUUUUAGAAACCAUACUGCAAUCCUUUUUUCUUUUUCUGUCGAUCCGUUCCCAGUUCUGAUCCAUCUUUUACCCAAAUUCAUGUAGAUGUAACCAGGAAUUUUAUUAGAUACUACCAGCCUCUUCAAUCUCCGUUUUGGUUCCAUUGCCGGGUUUUUCAUUCUGGCUGAGAAGGAAACAAGCAUUGAAAAUGAACUGCUUGUUCACUUUAUCUGUAAUUCUCUUCUUUGGAGUAGUUUCUUUGCCCGCCAUUGCAGAGCCAGUUGAAGAUAAACAAGCUUUACUCGAUUUCCUUCAUAAUAUUCAUCAGUCCAAUUCUCUCAAUUGGAAGCAGAGCUCUUCAGUAUGCAGGGAAUGGACAGGCGUUACCUGCAAUGGUGAUCAGUCUAGAGUUAUAGCCCUGAGGUUGCAAGGAGAAGGAAUUCAAGGCCCCAUCCCACCAAACACUCUUAGUCGCCUAUCGGCAGUUCAAAUCUUGAGUCUCAGAUCGAAUGGUAUAUCAGGUUCUUUCCCUUCCGAUUUCUCCAAACUUGGAAACUUGAUCGACCUUCAUCUUCAAUUCAACAACUUCUCAGGCCCAUUGCCUUCAGAUUUCUCAGAAUGGAAGAAUCUUUCAAUUAUUGAUCUCUCCAAUAAUGGGUUUAACGGAAGCAUUCCAAAUUCAUUUUCAAAUUUGACACACCUCACUUCUCUGAACCUCGCUAACAACUUGCUUUCGGGUUUUAUUCCUAAUAUUGAAAUUCCUAGUUUGCAAUCUCUAAAUUUAACCAACAAUAAUCUCACUGGAAGUGUGCCUCGAUCUCUUCUAAGAUUUCCAAGUCGGGUAUUUUCUGGUAACAACCUUUCAUCAGAAACUGCCCUUCCUCCAGCCUUCCCACCUGAGCCACCAAGGAAAAACAAGAAACUAAGUGAACCCGCAAUAUUGGGGAUUGUACUAGGCGGCUGCGUUCUAGGAUUUGCAGUUAUUGCUCUUUUGAUGGUUUGCUGCUACUUGAAGAAAGACAGGAGAGGUGGAUUACCAACGAAGUCACAAAAGAGAGAGGGAUCUUCGAAGAAAAAUACUUUGAAAAGCCAAGAAAAAAGCAACAGGUUUGUGUUCUUUGAAGGUUGUAGUCUUGCAUUCGACUUGGAAGACUUACUGAGAGCAUCUGCUGAAGUGCUUGGAAAGGGAACUUUUGGCACAACUUACAAGGCUGCUUUUGAUGAUGCAACGGCAGUGGUGGUGAAGAGAUUGAAAGAAGUGCCUGUGGUAAAAGAAUUUGAGCAACAUAUGGAAGUGAUUGGAAGCAUUAGGCAUCCAAAUAUAUGUGCGCUUAGGGCAUAUUACUGUUCAAAGGAUGAGAAGCUUACGAUUAUUGAUUACUAUGAGCAAAGGAGUGUUUCUGCAAUGCUACAUGAUACAAUAGGGGAAGGCAGGAUUCCUUUGGACUGGGAAACCAGGCUGAGAAUUGCAAUCGGUGCAGCAAGGGGCAUUGCUCAUAUACACACACAGAAUGGUGGCAAACUAGUCCAUGGAAAUAUUAAAGCCUCAAACAUUUUUCUCAAUUCUGAGGGAUAUGGUUGCAUAUCUGAUAUUGGAUUGGCUGCCCUAAUGAGCCCAGUGCCGCCAUCAGUAAUGAGGGCUGCAGGGUACCGUGCCCCAGAAAUAACAGACUCUAGGAAAGCAACUCAUGCAUCCGAUGUCUAUAGUUAUGGGGUCUUGCUGCUUGAGCUUCUGACUGGAAAAUCCCCUAUACAUUCCACAGGUGGUGAUGAGGUUGUUCACUUGGCGAGGUGGGUGCAUUCUGUGGUAAGGGAGGAAUGGACUGCUGAAGUAUUUGAUGUUGACCUUUUGAGGUAUCCUAAUAUUGAGGAGGAAAUAGUAGAGAUGUUAAAAAUAGGAAUGAGUUGUGUGGUGAGGAUGCCAGAGCAGAGACCAAAAAUGACUGAUGUAGUGAGAAUGGUGGAGGACGUUCGACGAGGGAGUACUGAAAACCCACCAUCCUCUGAAACUAAUUUAGAAAUCUCAGUUUCAAACCCAACACCAUAGGUUGCAGACGUAGCUUCCACUUCUGCUCCGCCUCCAAGGUGAGAUUCGUGUCCUGCUAUUAGUUGUGGUGAUGUAAAUUUUUUGUUUUUGUAGUUUCAAUAGAUAUUCGGUUGUGCUGGUGGUUAUAAUUAAUUAAUUGAGCUGUUUGCAUAUCAUUUUAUUACAGAGACAAAGUAGGUACUGUGAUUAGCUACUUCACUACCUAACCCAACUCUAGUCAAAAGCCAAGGUUUUUUUUCCCCUUUCUUUAACCUUUUUAGGGCAUAGAGUCAAAAGGUCGCCAUUGUAUCAUCUAGUCAGGAAUUGAUCGUUAAGCAUGUAGAGUUUACUUGUUUUGCGCCUUGCUGCACGUGCACGUGAAGAAUGGCGAGGAUUUUAUGAUUACCUGCCAACAUCUACCUAAUCAAUUCGAAACCAUGAAAACUGCCCUUCUCGACCUGAUUUAUAAGGACCUCAGCUAGCAUGUUCCAGACGGGCUAUAUAAUUUGAAUAUCAACUCCACUUACAAUCAACUGUGUAGAAGCUCCUUUCCGAUCUUUUCUUUACGGUUAGAGAUCUAGUUUAGGUUGUACUUUGGGCCAUUGGCCUUUUCCUUUCGAUGAUAACCACUAUAACUUUGAGGGAAAAAAAGAAACUGUUAAAGAGUAAAAGAGUCCCCAGGAAAUUUCUAGGACCAAACUGAAAUUCCAGAGAUCCACAUGCAGACCAACCCUUAUAUUACUUUUGAACAUACAAACAAUCUCAAUUAAUAUAUUUGUAAAGAGUUCGUUUUGUAUUGAAAAAAUAAUCAUUCUUUUACCGUAAGAAUUACACCCCACACCACCCCCCAGCACCCAACUAAAAAAAACAAACACGACAACACCACCACGAAAUUUUCAAUGGAAUGCCUUGAUGCUGAGUAGUACGUCGCAAUGCAACAAAUCUUAAUAAUCCAGUGUCUUUACAAUGAAAGAUGCUGCUCCCCACGUAGUCUACAAACAUAUGAAUGGAUGUACAAGCUGCACCUCACUUCCUUAAAAUUCUAGUUUUAACACCAGCUGAAAUCAGAGAGGGAGAAAAAGAGAGAUGAUAAUAAUGAAAAUAAGGCUUCAGGAGUAGAAAUGACAUAUGCAACCCAUAAAUUAAGACAUGAUAAAUUAAUAACACAAGUUAAAGUUACGUCCUAGUUGAUAGUUGGGGCGGUAAUUCUGUCCAAAAAAGGGAUAAAUUUACAAAGCAUAACUGACCUUCAACUUCCUCAAAUUGAACUUCCUUCACCAAUUCAGCAGCUGCAUGAUACUCGAAACUGUAAAGAUAAGUGACUAUCAAUUAAGUAAGAAUCCACAGGAAAAAUUUAGACAGUAACUCUCCUAAAAAAGUAACAACGAUGUAAGUAAUAAUAUUGAAAGAUAAUCAUAAUUCUACUUGUGGUUUGAGGCUAAAGAAUUAUUGAUCCUGAAGCCAACAAUUUUCACUUCCUUUUAUCUUAGAAAACCUUUCUAUCCCUUUCUGACCAUAACUAAUUCUCUGUUCUGCACAGGCUCAUCACAUAUACAUGUAACAAACUGGCUACAAAGUCAGUGACAGAGGCCUCCUAUAAAACCUUACACCAAAUAUUCCUAUACUCUUAAGGCAACUACAUCAUGCACUAACAAAUAAUUUAUGAAUGUAAUGUUCUCAUAAGGAUCAUAAUUAUUAAACCUAGCCUUACCCUUGCAAAAAGCAGCUACUGAGUAGCCCCUUCUGAAAACCCUAAGAAGUAACACCUCUAAUAAUAACAUAAGAAUGGCAACUGACAUCAACAGAUUUCUUUUACCUAUUGGAGAAAACCACCGCAAGUUCAUAGUUAGAUGCACUCUUUGUAGCUUCAGCUAACACUGUGACAAUUUCCGUCUUUCGUGUACUAGCCAUAAGCAUAUCAUACUCCGUUGGAAUGACAACUGCAAAGAAAUUAUCACUUAAUUCACUCAAAAAUAUGUUCUCUACAGCUGCCAAUCCUAUACGCCGUUUAAGUGCAUCAGUCUCUGGGUCAACAAUAUAAACGGCAAAGUCUGUUAUUAAUAAUAUACGCCGUUUCAUCUUCCCUGAUGCAGUGAAUUUCAAUACUUUAUCAGCAAAGAGAAUUUGGUUGUCACCUGCAAAAUUCAAAUGGAGAACAUUAGAAAAAUAUUCAGAUUGUCCACGAAAUCUACUUCCUCACUAAGGAUGGAAUUGGAAUCUUCUACUAAGUACCGCCACAGAUGCAUUAGAUUGUCACAGAGGAAAAAUCCAAAUAUUUUUUAUGUUUAUUUUCCUUUCAAUCUGGCAUGACUUUUGUUUCAAUUUGCGUUGUGAAAGAAAGGUAGGAUAAGCACAGUGAUCCCACAAGACCCACUCAACCACUAUUUCCUCUCCAUCAUCCUCUCUCACACAAAUAGAAUAAUUAGGAUCAAAAUUAAAUUUCUCCAGAGACCUCAUCUAAACCAAAGGGGAACUCUCAUCAUGUUUAAUGUAAUAGAAAAUUGUUCCUUCUCAACUGAGACAUUAGAACGAUUAUAUAUAUAUAGAAUGUAACAAUAUUUAACACUUUUAGGAUUCAUAAUCCAUUAUUCUAGCAAUGAAUUCAUCUUAUAAUAAUGACCGAUUAACUAGAAAGACACAACCCUAGGACAACUAAAUGAGAAGGACCAAAGCUUAUGCACCAGAUACUUCACGUUAAAGUGUAGCACGAGAAAUACAAUAAGCAUUAGACCCAUAAUUUCAUAGUUCAUUCACACAACAGUCCUAAAUGUUUCAACUUUGAGUUGGUCAUUCUAAAAUAAAAGCAAUGAAAUUAUCCGAUUCCUGUGACCCCAAUUUCCUAAAUCGUUUCAAUUCAUAUGUACUUUGAUGGCAAGGAUAAUUUCGAUGAUCUCAUCAAGUGCCAUCAUUUUUAGCCUAAUCUUG